AUGAAAGUAAAGAAAUUAGAGGUGUAUAGAGACUCUGUUUUGAUCAUCUACCAAGUUAAAAGAGAAUGGCAGACCAAAGAUCCAAAACUAAUCCUAUAUCAGAAGUAUCUCCUAGAGAUGAUCAAGAAAUUUGAAGAAAUCUCCUUUACCCACAUGGGCCAUGACAAAAACCAAUUCGUAGAUGCUUUGGCCACUUUGGCCGUUGCGACCCAAAUGGAAGAGGACCAAGAAGGGCAGUUGCUACGGAUCAAAGCAAGAAGUAAGCCUGCAUACUACUUGAUGAUUGAAGAAAAGGUGGAUGGAAAACCCUGGUAUUAUGACAUUUACCGAUACAUCCAGAACAAAGAGUAUCCCCCAGGGGCAAAUAAGAGUGAGAAAAGGAUGAUCAAAAGAUUACCAAUGGGAUACUUCCCCAGCGGUGAAAUCCUAUAUAAAAGGAGCUUUAACGGUAAAUUGCUGAGAUGUGUAGAUGCAAAUGAGGCUAAGAGGAUUCUUUUUGAAACUCAUGAAGACAAUUGCACUACACAUGCUAAUGGGCAUAUGAGGGCCAAGUAG